CCCCCCCAACUACGGAACGAGCAGCACCCCUCCCCGACAUGAAACAGCCCCUGAGCGAGCUGAUGAGGAUGAGCAGGAUAUGCCGGAUGGUAUUUGCCACUUGUUUAGGAUCCUUUAUUCUGGUCAUCUUUUAUUUCCAAAGUAUGUUCCAACCAGUCAUGCGGAGGAACCCCUUCGUGGUGGAGGGCUGCUGUCGGAAAGGAUCCCGCAACGCCCUGCAGGAGCUCUACAACCCCACCCAGCCGGAGUUGUCUGGAGCCGCUGUCCUCCACCAGACUCGGAGGGAUCAGGUGGUUGAUUCCUGUCGAGCCUACAGCGCAUCCAGCCGUAAGCGAAGAGUCCUGACCCCCGCAGACCUCAAGCACCUGGUGGUGGACGAGGACCACGAGCUCAUCUACUGCUACGUCCCCAAGGUGGCCUGUACCAACUGGAAGCGCGUCAUGAUGGUGCUCACGGGUCGGGGAAAAUACAGCGACCCGAUGGAAAUCCCUUCCAACGAAGCCCACAUCCCUUCCAACCUGAAGACGCUGAACCAGUACAGCAUCGCCGAGAUCAACCACCGCCUGAAGAACUACCUCAAGUUCCUCUUCGUUCGCGAGCCCUUCGAGAGGCUGGUCUCCGCAUACCGAAACAAGUUCACCCUCAAGUACAACUCGUCCUUCCACAAGCGGUUUGGCACCCGCAUCAUCCGCCGCUACCGCAAGAACGCCACCCAGGAGGCCCUCGCCAACGGUGCCGACGUGAAGUUCAAAGAGUUUGCCGAGUACCUGGUGGACCCGGCGACUCAGCGCGACGGCCCUCUCAACGAGCACUGGCAGACAGUGUACCAGCUCUGCCACCCGUGCCACAUCCACUACGACAUGGUGGGCAAGUACGACACACUGGAGGAGGACGCUAACUACGUGCUGCGGCUGGUGGGCGUCGGCGAUUCCUUGCGCUUCCCGAGCUACGCCAAGUCCACCCGUACCACGGACGCGAUGACGGCACAGUUCUUCAGCAAUAUCAGCACUCAGCAGCAGAUCCAGCUCUACCAGCUUUACAAGUUGGACUUCCUCAUGUUCAACUACACCACACCCAGCUACCUCCGGCUGGACUAACGGAGGACGGAGCCGGGACUCUUGAGAACUGCUGCCUCGUUUAAGGAGAGGCGACGAGAUGUGUGGAGGCAAACUUGAUUUUUAAAAACUUGUCGUACCUUGCAGGGUCUGAAAUAGACGUACAAACAGGUGUUGAGAGGAAUGAAAGUAAUGCGUGCUUGUCUGGACAUAACUUAGAGGAUGUCCAGUCAACUCUUUGAGAGAACCGAUUGGAUGUGAAUGUGGGCUAAAUGGCACAAAUGCAUGCAAAGACUGAAAUGUGUGGGUGAAGCAGGUCUUCAAGGUGUUUUUAAAAAGGCGGACUUUACUGUCAGAGGACGGACCUGAAGAGGGAUUCUCCUCAUGAUGUCCCUUACAUGUUUAAACAAAAUGCUGAAAAAUUAGGCUGCUUCAGAUUCUACAAGGCAAAACAGUGGCCUCGCACGCGCCCUGACCCCAAUGCAUCGUGGGAGCUAAGCUUGUCUCCCCCCCUCUCCCUUUGAUCAAUAAAGAAACUCCGUCAAAUUGUAAAACAUGUCCUUCGCCAGUGCGGUGUUAGCACCUGUCACUCUUGCCCUCAUUAGAUUCAUACUCUUCAGAGGGGGCUCAUCACCACCUCAAGGACGCCCUGUAAUAUAUGGCUACUGAGUUCACGUCCAAGACCUUCUACAGCCGGAGCUACGGCAUCACGGCCUUCAGACAACAGUCAGACGACCCAUGGUCUCCAUCAUUAUGAAGUUGUGUGAAGGCACUUGUGGUGUUAUAUCUUGAAGACCCCGAGAAAACGGAGAUUGCUGCUGCUGCAGGGCAGAGAGGAAGUGCUUAAUAAAUCAUUGCCUGUAACACCAAACAUCCUUAACACUCUGAGCUACAGGACCUAGAGAAGGAGCAGGAUGGUCUCAUGUGAUUGGGCUUUGAGAGACUCAUCUGCACAGAGACAGUCUGUGUGGUUGUGAAAGGGUUGAAGGCGUGUCAUUACCUGCCCUGCUCAGUGGACCCUCCCACAAAGCCCCUGCAGACACGUCUUUUAGUAAAUUAAGAAUAUCUUGUUGUCUUCUUGCUUAUGUUUAUUUUAUUGUAUUAUGAAGCAUUGCUGCGAGCAGCAAUAACAACAUAUUAUUUAAUUAGCUUUUGUUUGCUUAAAGAGAGAAAGUUUGAUUGUGUUUUUUUCCUGGACUGAUGAAAAUGUUAGGUCUUAAAAUGUCUUCUCUCUUCUUCUUCACUUCUUGCCUAAACACAUUAUUGGUACAUUGCCGCAUUUCUGAGGGUGUAUACGGUACAUUUCCACGGCUUUGUCCUUCUGUGUCUGAAACUUCUUUUCCAUUUCCUGCUGUCAAACAUUUGGUGCCAAAAUGCCAGCCAGAGCCUCCGAGAUCCACACUCAGUGUUCAGUACACGUUUGAAGUCGAGCAAAUGUAUAAGUUUCUCCUACUCGACCACAACAUGAGACUCCCUGCUGUACUUAGUAAACAUAUCAGGAAUCUGAAGCCGGCAUCAGCUAAUCAGAGACUGUAUCUCAUAGUGUAAUGUGAUUAAUGACAGUGAUGCUAUGCAAUGUCAAGGUCAAUAACUGCACUCUCUAUCAUGCAGUGAAUUGGAUUAGAGGCUGGUGUGUAUAAUACAGCAGAGAGAGAGAGGUAGAGAUACAGAGAGUGUAUUUUAUUCAUACCUCGUUGUGAAUUAUAAACCACUCCUGCUUCACGGAAAAGUUGCAUCUCUUUGACUGAACCAGAAAUAUCCUCUUCUCAUGCAGUCAGUACGUCGGGUUAUUUAUAAGGGGAAUUCCUGGAGCUUUAUUUAUAGUGUUGUCCAUCAUUCCUGCUGGUAUUGAUUUGACUCACCACCCUCAGUCUUAUAUCUGCAUUACCAGACUGCAGGUAUUACUAAUGGAUCCAGGAAAAUGACAUAGGUCUUGCUUUAUUUUUACUUAUUUUGAAACCCAGUGAAGUCUCGAUUAUAUGGCACAAGAGAGCCCUACAAUCUGCAGAACAUCAAUUUGGACAUCGGUGUUGAGUGUACAUAAAAGGCAGGAUAGGCAGUAUAAAAACAAUGUAAAGAGCCAGAGUUAUGGUUUUAUGUACAUCAGUAUUAAAUGUAAAAAGUGCAAUGAGUUAAAAAGCCUUGAACACAUCUAGCAAAUACAUUGGGUAUGGUCUCAAAUCAUUAAAAAGCUCUUACUGUCUAUGUAUGGACCAUCUACCUUGAGUUUUUAGUAAGGAAGUAAGCUUCUUAUGCAAUUCUGGGUCUACUUUACUUAUGUUGAGUCUGCAAUGAAGCUGGUAUCUAAAACUUUGAUCAUAAAUAUGCUAAUUUUCCCUCUGAACAUGAGCAUAUUUUUGCUGUAUCCCUUCCUUGUAACUGUAUUAUUGCCGUAGUGUGUAUACCUGUGUGAUGGAGGUAUAUUGAGAGAACAGAGUCAUUUUUCUUUGUUUUUUUACCCCCACACCGACAUCUGGCUCUAAUAAAGGAGAAAAGCUACCGGCCUGGCCCGCAGCCCCCGCGCACAAACAAUGACUGUAUUCUCAGCACGGCCUCCCCGAAAAUACACUCACUCAGCUUGCACAUUAGCUCUCCUGCUGAUGUCGAUGCCACGCAGCAUCUUACUCAGCAGUUAAACUGGCUGGCAGCACCUUCUCCACUUUAACACACUGACUGAGCCUCUGCCUAAACUGCUCAUUUAGCCCCGAGAAAGGGAGACAAACGAUACACAAAGGAGCUCUUAGGCUGCGAACGAGUCGGUACAGAGGCCUCGCUAGUUCCUCCUCUUCCACCCCAAUCCAAGAAAUUGCCUACUGCAUAUAAAAAAGUAAGUCAGUGUUGGUGAUCCCUGCCCUCCCUGUGGGGAGAGUGCAGCCUGCUAAAGCAAACAGAGUUGGUCUAAUAUCCUCACAGGGAACCGAGCGAGCUCUGAGAAGCCCCGGCUGACUCUCUGCCUCGGACAAAAACAGCCACAUUUGUUUUGUGGCUAUUCUUAACUCCUCGGUCUGCAGCUGCCCGGUCGCUGCCCAGCUGUGUUAAACACAAUGGGUGUAAUUAUGUUGUUUUUGAACGACGUCUAUUGUUAGACUGAAUUGCAUAUUUGCUGUAAGGAACACAAGGAGAGCUUCUUAACAUACCCGAGGAGUGGAUGAUUUGGUUUGUACCUUUUUAUUUAUUAUUUAUCCUUCCUACAAAAACAUUUGAUAUACAGCAAAGAAUAAUGUCACGAGGGGUGACUUCAAUACCAAUUCAAGGGAUAGUUUGAAAAUAUGAGAAAUAUGCUAAUUUGCUAUCGCCAGCAGCAUGUCAAAAACACUGAUGUGUAGCAGGUGGUCUCCAUCAUAGCUUAAGGAUGCUAACAGGUGUUGAUUAGCACUAAACACAAAGAACAGCAGAGGAUGAUGGGAAAAAAAGUGUUGGGGAAAUUACAUUUCUACACAUUAUUCUUCAGUUUUUAUGCUAAGCUAAGUGGCUGCUAGCUGUAUGGUAUUCAAAUAAGUCUAUUUCCUACAAAUCACAAAGGAACAAGAAGCCUUGGAGUAAAAACUGAAGGUGUGUAUAGUUUGUGGUUUUUAUUUUGGCACCAAAAAAACUAUUUAACCAAGAAUACAACCCUGUCAUCAGCAUAGAGGGACGAAGCCGGGUUUUCCUUUCGUCUCUCCUUCUCUUCCGGUUGCAUUUAUUUAUCUACAGCUCCUUGUGUGUGCAGUGUCAACAUGAUGCCAUUCAUUCUGCUGUUGUUUGCAAGCUGUCAUGUUCACCUGGGCCUUCCUCCUUACACACACACACAUACACACACUCAAACACACACUAAUCAUUCCUUUUUGUUCAUUUUAAACCCAGGAUGUUCUGCCUAUCACGAUUCUGUUUUACACACUCCACUGUUUUACACACUCCGCUGUUAUAUGGGGGGAUACACCAUACCUCCCUAAACAAGCGUCUACACUGCAGUAUAUGGUUACCUUUGGCACAAUCGAUUACAUUUUUCCUUACAGUGCAAAUGUUUAUUCCAGCUUCACUGAUCUAAAAUGUUAAAUGUCAGAAGGUAUUUGGGCUAUCAAUCAACCCUCCUCUUGCUUUUAUAAACUCACUAAUAACCCCUAAUUGAACAGAAAUGAAACUGUGUGCUAGACAUGGGAUGGAUCUUGAGAAAAUACCCGUACAGUUCCAAUAAUUUGAGUAUUUGUGAAGAUAUUCUUACCUGACAUCCAAAAGGCUUAUUUAAAAAUAUAUAGGUAUUCAUGUUUUCUUUAUACAUGCAGAAGGACCCAAUGCUUUUAGGUUUAUCAUUAUUUAAGAGUUUUGGAUUGUUUGUUUUUCUCCACAAAGGGUUUAUCCAUGAAAUAUGUCCAAUAUGUGAUGCAAUUAAAGACUUUGUACCUGAACACAACACCAUGGUUAAGUUAUAUUUAAAUACUUUUAAGCAGAUUUUGAUCGUACCAUGUCUGGAGUGUGCACGACAAGAUGCUCAGUCAAAAACUGUUUCCAAAACUUUAAAGGUCCCCUAUUAUACUCUCAGAUAUAUACAGGACCUGUCUCUGAUUGGCUGAAACACCAAACAGAUCAUUGUAUCAUCCCAUAAACCCCAAAAGUGCUGAUUCUUUGUCUGUAGCUUUAAAUGCUAAUGAGCUGCUGCUGGCCACGCCCCCUCUGUGAUGUGAUUGGUUCUAAAAAACACAAUGGAGCUCUAGGAGGAGAUGCAGUGGAUAAGGUGGGCGGGUGUUACCUUCGUUGGUUAGUGGCUGAAAGUGCAUUUUGCAUAAUAGGUGACCUUUAAAUGACAACCCUUAUCUCUGAUGCAUUAAUGUCAUGUUGUUCCCAUUGACGGUUAUUUGAGCCGUGUUGGAUACACAGGAUGAUGAAUGGGGGCGUCAUCCUGCCACAAAGUGAGCUAUCUGCUUCACUGAAGAGAAGCUCCGUCAUUACCUUCUUUGCUGUAGGCAGGGAAAGUGUGAAGAGCGCACCGAGUGGAAUUCAUUUAAAUAAUCUUCUUUAAUUAUUAGUGUGGGAGGAAGGCUCAUCACAAAUUUACGGUAUUUGUAAAAAUCUAUCCAUGUUUCAUGCGUCUAUGUCCUCCUUCAGUGACAUCCUCCUGAGUGUGUGUCCGCCUCAUGUUCUGUUGCGGAUGUUAUGCUGUACAGUAGUGUGUGUGUGUGUGUGUGUGUGUGUGUGUGUGUGUGACAUUUUUGAGGAAUGACUCCUAAAUCAGCCCUGACUGUAACUGAAUUUAUACCAUGCCAUCAGCAUUUCUCACCGUGUGUGUGUGUGUCUCAUGUGAUGUAACUACAAAUGUAGUAGCUGGAUAAUGGCUGUGUGUGUGUGUGUGUGUGUGUGUGUGUGUGUGUGUGUGUGUGUGUGUGUGUGUGUGUGUGUGUGUGUGUGUGUGUGUGUGUGUGUGUGUGUGUGUGUGUGUGUGUGUGUGUGUGUGUGUGUGUGUGUGUGUGUGUGUGUGUGUGUGUGCUGUACCCACUCUGCCUUUAGAGUGAACGUCUCUGAAGUAGGCAAGACCCUAACCCAAACGGACGCCACUUAUUUAUUUAUUUAUUCUUUGACUACCCAUAUUUCUUUCUCUCCUAAUAACCAUGGCAACACACCUAAGGUAUCUCUCUUUCUUUUUCUCGACAGCUUCUUCACUGUUUCUGUUUUUACUCCGUUUUAUUUUCAGACGCACUCGACCGAAUUCAUGAAUAAUAGACUGUACACUGAGUGUGGGAGAGUGGUUCAUCUGGUCCGAUGUUUUCACAAUAAAAAUGACACUGAAACUCC